UAUUAAAUGGCAACACUGCUGUUUUUAAAGCGCCCCCUAGUUUCGCAAACGGGAAACUAUCCUUUUGUCUUCUUCAAUCCAAUAUGGCGGUAAACGGUGUAUGAUAAAGUGUCUAAUGUUUUGAAUCGAAAACGAGAAAUAAAAACCCGAAAAAUACCGCCGAAACGCGAUAAUCGUACGCAAUGGACGGUGUCGUUGCUAACAAAUCGCGUCAAUGAUACAAUAUAGUGCGACAACGAACGCUAGUUUCAUAUCAAGCCCAAUGUUAUUUUUGUGAGAAAUUUUUGCUGUGUUAAAUAUUUUUCUAACUAAUGUGCUCAGCAGUGAUAUGUGGUUGUAGCUUUCGCGUGCGAUAUGUCUACCAAUGAUAAUGCUGCGUGUCCGGGCGUGAGUGAAAAUACAGAACUCUUAGACAAUGUAUGUAGUGAUGCUAAGGAAAGCAAAGCGAAUAGAAAAGUCAGUUUUCCGAAAGAUGACGAGCUGGUAACCCAAUAUUUCGAGCCUUCCAAUCCUUGGCAAGAUGUGCCGUCGACAACACGAGCGCAACUGGCAGCGGAGUAUCUCGAGGCGUGCCGUUGUCACGGCACUGCGCCCAUCGACUCUGUGCUGCAGCAGAUACGGGAACUCCCAGAGAACACGAUCGGCGGCAGUGCGCGCGCGCCCCGGCUCUGCCUGUCCGACUGCUCGCUGCUCGGCAACGCGCCGGCGGACGCGCUGGAAGCUUUGCUGUGCAAGGUGCAGUUCCGGAGGUUGGAGAUCGACCACGCGGAGAUUGACGACGAUGGCGCGGAGGCACUGUUCGACAUGGUGGAAUACUACGAGAGUACAACAGUGCUGAGUCUGAUCGGCCCGCGACAGUUCGGCAUACGGGGCUGGCAGGCCGCUUGUAGAAUGAUCAAGAAGAGUGCAGAGCUGUCAGAGAUAGAGAUAUCCGAGAGUCCGUUGGAGGCGAGCCACGCGACCGUGCUAGCUAGGGCUCUGCGCCCCGCCGGGUGCCGUCUGCGCUCGGUCUGCCUGCAGAGGGCGGCGCUCGCCGGCGACGCGUUGCUGUGUCUCGUGAUCGCCCUGAAGACGAACAGCUCUGUGCGCGAGCUGCGUUUGGGCGACAACCGGCUGGCGAAGGAGGACGCGUCGCAGCUCGCGGCGCUGCUGCGGUACAACACCAGCCUGCAGCUGCUGGACCUCUCCAACAACCAGAUACAGGACGCCGGCGUCGAGGAGCUCGCCAAGGCAUUGGUGCAGCAAGCGACGCACUCCCCCACCUCGCCUUUACAAUGUCCACUGGGUGGUUAUGAAUCGAGAGGACUGGCGUUUCUUGUUCUAUGGAACAAUCAGUUGACGAGAAAUUGCGCUGGACAUUUGGCUAAAAUAUUGAGGGCGUCGCAUUCGCUAUGCGUGCUGAACGUGGGUCGAAACGCACUCGGAUCAGACGUGGUGCGGUCGCUGCAGUCUGACAGGAUCGGCGGAGGGCCACUGGUGUCCUUGGGACUGCAGGCCGCGAGACUGGGGCCUGAGGCGGCGCGCGCCAUCGCUGAGCUCAUACGGAACGAUACUAAACUGCAGCGACUGGAUCUGCGCGACAACAAGCUGGGCGUGGCGGGACUGCAGGCGAUACACACCGCUCUCAAAGACAACACCACGCUCACGCAGAUCGACCUCGACGAGCCGCCUGAAACCGCAGCUUCAGUAGGCGUCCAGAGCUGCACCGAGUCGGCGACUGUCGCGCGACUGUUGCGCGACAUCCGCGCGCUGUGCCGUCGGAACGAGCCGGCUGCGCCCGCGCCGCCCGACCGCCUGCUUAGGAAGAUCAGCCUCACCUGCCACACCGCGCCAGCGCCCAAGUUGUCUGUCCGUCAGCAGCAGUGCCUACCGGCGGAGGAGGAGCGUCGGUCGCGGCUCCGCUCCCCCGCGCCGUCCCCCGCGCCCUCGCCCGCCGGCUCGCCCGUGCCCGCCGGAGCGAGCAGCUCGCGGUUCUCGGUGAUUCCUGUCGCGUCGGACUGCCAAACCGCAUCGAGAUUCAAAGUUGUGCAGGUUGCUGAUCCGGCUCCGCCGAAAAAAACACGAUUUUCCGUAACAAGAAACUACGACACAAUAUACAAUCCCGUUUUGCCGCCCACCACGCCGUCACCGUCGCCAUCGCCCUCGCCUUCGUCGUCGCCCGCCCCAGAAAUUACCAUAGACUACAGCACGGACACCGUAAGAACAGACACAAGUUCAAAUGUCAAUGAAAACACCCCCGUUUUCGAUUAUUCAAGAGACGCUGAUAAUGCACAUACAGUUGUAACAGAAAAAAGUACAAACACAACACAAAAUGUAGCCGCCGUUGAGUGCACUAGAGAUAAAAAUAAAAAUAAUGAAGAACAAGAUGAUAAAACAAGCAUAGACCUGAGUGUCAAUAACACACAAACACAAAACAAAGAAAAAAGUGAUAAUAUCGUAAAACAAGAUGAUUUAAAUAAAAAUCAAGCGAAAAAUCAUAUUGUUUCAACGAGAGACACUAAAAAUUUCGAACAAGAUAUAACAAAGACUGAAAUUAAAAAAGAUGAUCUUGUUGUCGAUUUUGAUACAAGUGUAAAAUCUACAGAUGGUGAUAUCAUAAAACUAGAUCCAAAUACGAAACCUACAGAUAAUAAGGACUUAAAAAUAGAUACGAUAAAUAAACCUACAGUUAUUCAAGAAGACAAAGUUGUGAAAUUGGAAACAUCUAUUAAACCUGAAAUUAUCCAGGAUAUUGUAGUACCAGUAUCUAUAAAACCUACACUACAAGAAGUACAACCAGAAUAUAUUGUUAGUAGAACAGUUUUAAUCCCCAAAACGGAGAAUAGAACUGUUUUAACGCAAACCGAAGAAAUUAUGAGCAUACCUGAUUUCAUCAAUGUCAAAGAUGAAAAUCCCGAUUUUAUCAGUUUUGUUACUGACAGUAAAAAUGAAGAAAAUAAUUGUGAGAAACUUAAACAUGGCGGUGAUAGGAGUAAUAUUGAAAUAGAUUUAAGAGAGAAUUUGCAUGCUGAGCCAGAAAGUAUAGAAAAAAAAGACUUAAAAGAGAGUUCCAAGUCUGUAAAUAUGCCUGAAUCUGUGAUAAUUGAACCUGAAUUAAUAUCUAAUUUAGGUCCAAAAAUUUCUCAAGUAUCUGAUGUUUGUGAAAAAUCAGAGAAGUAUGUUAGUGUACUAGAACCAGUUUCAAAAGAAUGUGAAUCAAGCUUUGUUAAAAAUAAUAUUGUUGAUAUUAAAGCGAGUGAAGGUGAUGCUAAAUCAUUGACUGUAAGUGAUUCGUUAAACAACGAAAAAUUAAAAGAUACGUACGUUAUAGGUGAUAAUUGUGAAAAUAUAGACUUAAUUAAUUUUAGUGACACAAACAAAUUUAGUGAAAGUGUCGGUAGUGAAACGUUUGGUGAUAAAAUCGAACAAAUGUCUCAUAAUGAGACCGUCGAUUACAUAGGCGAUGAUAAGGUAGUUAAGACAGACACAAAAUUAGUUAAAAGUAGCAUAGAAGUGACAGAGAUGGACAGAGUUGAAACUGAAGUAUCUGUUACUGUUAGAAGCGAGAAUAGUUUAAAAACCAAAGCGCAUCGCGACCAAGAUGUAAAUAAAUUAGUUAAGGAAGAGAAACGGGAAGUAGCAAUCAAACAAAUAGAAGCCAUAACAGAAGAUUUAGGAAAUUUGAUUCAAGAAAUGCAAGAUUUGUCUACAAUGGCUAUGAAAAAGACCGCUACAGAGGAUGUAAAUGUAGUUUUAGGUGUAAACAAAGUACCUGCAGUUCGAGAUAAUGUAGUUUUAAAGAAAAACAAAAGCGAAUCGAGUUUGGACAGUCCGGACCUUGAAGUGUCAAGACUGAUGAGGAAGCCUGUCAGUGCCUUCUGUGACAGUAGCUCUUCUUUAGAAAUUUCUGGAAGCUCCGUCGAGAGUCUCAACAUAGAGAGAGCUAGACCUAUUGUGAUACACGAGGAGACGCGAAUUUCUAAAGGUAGCAGCGUCGAAUCUACCAGUGAGGUGACUCCAGUGAAUUUGAACGUGUCUAUAAGUUCGAACGAGAGUGUUUCCCCUAUUAUAUUUGGGAAAAGUAAGAAAAUUCACGGUUCCCUGUCAAGUUUGGAAGCUAGUAUGAGUUCUGUGGAUUCGGCGAGGCACGAAAAGGUUAUGGUGACAUCUGCGGAUUCUGGAAUAGAGUAUUCAUUACAAAAUCCCUCUGAGACAAGAGAAGAUAGCUCAUCAAACGAAGGCACACUGACAUGUAGCUCAAGUCUGAAGGAAUCUGUUAAAAAGGAGUCUGGCGAAACUCUCACAUCUCCAAAAAGAACGUCGAGUUUGUUAGAUGUCCCUGCAUUAAAAUCGAAAGGGUUAGAGCGUAUGAGGAAGAUUUCUUGGGUGGCGCCAUCUGCCAGUUUUCACUUACCAAAGCCCGAGGAGAAAGUAGAAUAUAAACUUCCAACUAAUUUGGAGAAGUUGCUCAGUCUGUUUCAACAUCCGAGUAGUUUAUUUUCAAGAAGCAACAGUGACGAUGAUAAGAAAUCGACAUCGAGUACUCCGCCCAGAAAAGAUUCCUCAUUGACAAGCUCAUUUUGGUCUUGGGGUAGUGUGACGGAGAAAACGGACAAAGACGACGCGGACAGUUUGUCGGAAGCGACAGAUUCAACGUUGUCAGAAAGAGUUCAAGUGUCUUUCGUAGACGAGUCGUUUUCAAGAAAACUCGACAGCAAAACCCCGUCAACAGAUACAGAUAACACACUAAGCGAGUUCCAAACUUUCCCCAACACGUCUGACAAUGGGGAGAACGUAAAAGUUACCGAACUAACCACCGAUGAGAAAUUAGUACAAAAAUGUUUAGCUUUAAGCGAUAAUGACACACGACCGGACGUAUCCGGCGAGUGUGACAUAGAUCUCAAUACACCCAACGACUUUAAUAGAAACGUAACACAAACGUCAGAAAAACCUGAAGCCGGUGAUGUACCGGACACAGCUGUGUGCAGCGAAACCUUAGUUAAGUUAGAAGAUGAAAAACUAGAUGUAAAACCGCGGACAUUUGCGUCCGUUCUGACGUCUUCUUCAGAGAACUCUCUAGAAAAACAGGCGAGUCCCGAAACGGGGCAUCCAGUAGAGAAGCUUCCGACUAAAGUUAUUAGAGGUAUUAAAGAAAAUAUCAGCCCCGAAAACACUAUAACCUCAAGUAUGACUAGUAAAGUGUUAGCGAUGGAAAUGGGUGACAAGCAAAUGAAAAGUAUUCCGAUAGUUAACACCAUUUGGGAGGUCACUAUGCCGAGUGUAGAGAAAAGUGACGCUAAAGCAGAAGAAGUCCCAGUUAAAGCGUCAACUGAUCUGGCGCCAAUCGCAACGAUAGACGAAACUAGUGACGUUGCAGCCGAUGAUCUAAUACAAUUGGCGUAUAUAGAUGACGCGAAGGUAGAAGAAAGAGUCGUUGAAUUGGAGAAAAUAGUCAUAAAAGACGAAAAGGAAGUCGAUAAAGUAGAUUUAGGGAAAGAUGCGUUAUCGUAUUUGAUGUACGAAAACCCAGAUUACGAAACGGGAACCGCGCAUGCAGUGACUGAGGCGAAAUCUCCACAAGGAUCUCUCGCUCAGGAGUUAAGGGACGCAGAGAUUAAGGAAAUGUUGGAUUUAUCACCCGAAUUGGUGAUAGACGAUGCUGUGGAGAUCCCAGAAAUUUUCACAGUGGAGAUCAAAGGUCGCAAAAGCUCCCCAGUAAUCCCAGAGCGGGCGAAGUUAAAAAAAUCAAAUUCUUUAGAAGAUUUGACAAAAAGGCCAGCGACAGACGAAAAGGACAGCCCUAAAUUGAAGACAAUCGCGUUCAAAGUACCAGAGAGUACAACACCAAGGGAUAUACCGGAAAGGAAACCAAAAUUGAGAUCCAGGAGUGGAUCUAGUCCGAAAUCUCUGCCCGAAAGUCUGAAUAAACCGUGUCCUUUGGCGAAAAUGGAGUCAGUUAUAAGCAAAAAGAAGAAAAAGGUCUCGUCACUUGGCAAAACUGCGCGAGAUUCCCUGCUAAUGUUGAAUAUGAGCGAAGAAGAGAUUGCGGAGUUCAGACGGCCUUACAAACUUACAUCAGUUGAAAGUUUGCGAUCCCUGGAAUCGGUGUCAGAGGACGCAAACUCUCAAAGCGGGACCUCUGUGGACUCGAGAUGCAGAGCAUGUUUGCGGACGUCUCAAGAGAGUCUAAUGUCCUUGGAUUCGAUUACUGAGGACUGUCGAUGUAUGGAAGAUUGUGAGAAGAGACAUUCGAAUAGAUAGAGGCGGCUCGGGGAUAAAUGUUUGCGAUCACUGCUCGACAUUUUCGUCGCUGCGACAGUCUUGUCGCUAAUGUUGGAAUAUUGAAUACUGCUUUUGGACACACGGGUAUGGCUUGGUUUUAAGGUCACUUAGACGUUUUUUCGACAAGAGAAAAGAAAUGUCUUCUUUUUUUUUAAAUUAGUAUUAUUACCCUCGUCGCCAUGUUUGGCGGAAUAUUUAUUAACUGCAUUGUUGUAAUGUGUAUAAAAAAAAACUAAAAUAAAUAUAAAGUAAUAAUAAUUAUUAUGAUAAUGUACAGAUAUUUUUUAAAAUGCCAGUUCAGAAUUUUAUAAUUACUGUUAUAAAUAAUGUAAGGUUUUUCGCGAAUUUUUAUUAUUAUAUUUUUUUUUUAUUUCGCACAUCGCGCGGACUGUUGUAUCGAAGAAAUAUUGUAGUCAGUGAGAUGUUAUCGCAUCUAGAGUCUCCCAAUUUCAACGUGACUGACGUCAGUCGUGUGUGGAAUUAUACAUUUAGUUUUUUUUUAAUGAUUAUAUCAUUGUAAGAGUAAAAUAUAUAAUGUGAAGUAUAUUAUAAAGUCUAUUAGUUAUUUUACAAUUCUAUACAUUUAGUCUUCUUUAACAUAAGUAUUACUAAAGCCCUACUCGAUGUGCACUGUUUACCAACAAAAAAAAGUGUGUAUGUUAAAAAAAACAAAAAGUUAGCUCGAAGCACGUCUCAAUACUCGCGCCUUAUAAGUGAAAGGUGCGCAACCGAGGUGCAGCAGGCCGCGGCGUGCGCGCCCGUUU